CAGAAAAGAUCCCAGGAACUGCAGACGCAGGACGGACCAGGCGAAUGGUACAUAGCAAUUAGUCCGGGAUGGCGAUGGAGACAGGGUCACCGCCGAAGAAUCCCUGGAACUAAUUGCCGCACCCGCGCAGUGCAGAUUUUCUACCCUCCCAAACCUCCUCGGCUGUUGCGAUGUGCCUCUUGUGGCAUCCCACGCCCCCAGGGGCCCGUCCCAGCAAGCAUACUACGUAGUAGGCACGCGCAACGGACGGCAAUGUCAGUGGGUCUGGCCGCGAAAGCUGAGAAAACGGGUUAACACGGGCUGCGCGCUUGCGGGCAUGGCCGUCGGCGUCGAUGGCGACCAUCAGCUGCAUAUGGACCGGCCGUCCCAGAAAGAAGCGCACUUCUCGGAGUUGUGCUUGAGUGCUUGAUGUCCUCGAGUCCCCAACAUCCUCCAACUCCAGGGCCAGACCAAUUACGAGGUUUCAUUGUCGCCAUCGCCAUUGCCCAUCAUGGCCGUCGAUCCUUCGCACAUCCAGCCCGAGCCCACGCAGCCAACCCAGAAGCUAUCGUUGCUUUCUGGUCCUGUCGACCCUCCGCUCGUCGACCUGACCCUGGGCGAGCUCCUCGAACUCCAAACCUUUCAGCAUGGCAACCAGGAGUGUCUUGUCAUUCCGUGGACUGGUGCCCGGUGGACAUACAAUGACCUCAACCAGCAGAGUUCGGCGCUGUCGCAGGCCUUGCUCGACAUGGGAAUUACCGUUGGCGAUCGAGUCGGCAUCAUGGCUGGCAACUGCGAACAGUACGCGGCCGUCUUCUUCGCAGUGGCCAAGAUCGGAGCCAUCCUCGUCAUCCUGAACAACACCUACACACCCACCGAGGCCAUGUACGGCCUCAAGUUCACCGACUGCAAGGUCUUCUUCACCACGCCUCGGAUCGGUCGACUCGACAACUCGCACCUGCUCGGUGAGCUCGAGAACAAAAAGACGGCACCCAGGGUUGUCAUGUUGAGGGACGACGCUUCCGGAAAAUACGAAACCUAUGACGAACUCAUCAAGUCAGGUCGCCGACAGAGCCAUCAGAGGCUAUACCGAGCCAUGAGCAAGGUCCUUCCCCACCAGGUUGUCAACUUGCAAUUUACGAGCGGCACGACGGGCUUGCCCAAGGCGACCAUGCUCACUCACCACAAUCUGGUGAACAACUCGCGAUUCAUUGGAGAUCGGAUGCGGCUGACCCCGGCGGAUAUCCUGUGCUGCCCUCCACCGCUGUUCCACUGCUUCGGUCUCGUGCUCGGACUGCUCGCCGUCGUCACCCAUGGCGGCAAGAUCGUGUACCCGGCCGAGGUCUUUGACAUCAACGCAACUCUCCAGGCAAUCUCCGACGAGCGGUGCACAGCGGUCCAUGGCGUCCCAGCUAUGUUCGACUCCCUAUUCCAAGCAAAGUGGCCAGAAGGCUUCAACUGCGACAACCUCCGCACUGGUAUCAUUGCCGGUGCUCCCGUGCCGCGAUACCUUAUGGAGCUCUUGGUUAACAAGUUCGGAAUGACCGAGUUUACCAGCAGUUACGGCCUGACCGAGGCCUCCCCGACCUGCUUCAAUGCCUUUACCGACGAUGCGAUUGAUAAGCGGUUGACGACUGUCGGUACCCUGAUGCCCCACGCAAAGGCCAAGAUUGUCGACCGUGAGGGUAACAUCGUUCCCGUCGGCGUACGAGGCGAGCUGUGCAUGGGUGGCUACCAGCUCCAGGCUGGAUACUGGAACAACUCGGAGAAGACAAACGAGGCCAUGAUCCGAGAUGCUUCUGGUGUCCUGUGGCUGCACACUGGUGACGAGGCCGUCUUUGACGAGAACGGCUAUUGUAGCAUCACUGGCCGCUUCAAGGACAUCAUCAUCCGAGGUGGAGAGAACAUCUACCCGCUUGAAAUCGAGGAGCGCCUCAUGGCCCACCCCUCGCUAUCGCGCGCCAUCGUCGUCGGCCUCAAGAACCAUCACUACGGCGAAGUCGUCGGCGCCUUCGUCGAGCUGGCCGAGACCCAGAACCAGCCCAACGACCAAGAACUGCGUGACUGGGUCCGCAAGAAGCUCGGCGGCCACAAGUCGCCAACACACGUCUUUUGGCUGGGCCAGGGCGACGUCCCCGCGACAGUGCCGCUGACGGGCAGUGGCAAGGUGCGCAAGAUCGACAUGGCCAAGCUGGGCGACGAGAUUCUGAAGAAGCAAGCGAAUACCUCCAAGUUGUAGAUGUUUUGUCGUUUUCCAUCUGCGCUUUUUGAUGCGCACGUGCACAUAUGAUACGGUACCUUAGAAUGAUGAUGAUAGAAGAAAGUUAGCGGGCUUGGAAAAGUACUUAAGUAGAGAUAAGAAAUACGGAUGUUUUUAGGCUUUCA